UCCGGUAGGUACACAUUUGUUUACUCAACUUGCGACUGAUAGAUACUUCCAGCUUUCUCAAGGGGAAAGGAGUUGGCAGCGACCAUCGGUAAAAGUUGUUGCUGUUACUGCCAUGCCUAAGAAUAAAGGUAAAGGAGGUAAAAAUAGAUGCAGAGGUAAAAAUGAAAAUGAAUCUGAGAAAAGAGAGUUGGUUUUUAAAGAGGAUGGUCAAGUGUAUGCUCAGGUAAUCAAAAUGUUGGGAAAUGGACGAUUAGAAGCAAUGUGUUUUGAUGGUAUUAAGAGGUUAUGCCAUAUUAGAGGAAAGUUGAGAAAAAAGGUUUGGAUAAAUUCCUCAGACAUCAUAUUGGUUGGCCUUCGAGAUUAUCAGGUUUGGUCAUCCCAUGUGCCCUGGGCCCAGGAAGCAUCAAGAGUAAAGGAGACCUCCAAAGUGUGGCAGCCUGGUCUUCUUUUACUGGAGUUCUUUCAGUUCUGCAAAAGUUAAGGAAUGUAGCAGAUUUUAAACAGUGAACAAUAUACUCCAUCAAGAGAGGGAAGAUUCUUGUGACUGUUGACUUUUGCAACAAUUUCAUAUGGGGUAUAUCCCAGGGGUCUGUAAUAGUGCCUGAAGAGCAUUAAGCUCGGAGGAAUGGUUGUUAAUUAUGGAUCAGAGAGCAGAGUUCAAAGUCAAGAGCAAGCCAGGAGUGCAAGCACAUACUGUAAUCCACCUGUAAUCAAGAGGCUGAAGCAAGAGGAUAGCAAGUUCAAAUCCAGUCUCAACAACUUAACAAGACUCUGUGUCAAAAUAAAACAUAAAAGAUCUGGAGAUGAGGCUCAGAGGUUAAAGGUACAAUUCCAAAUCCCUGGGGUGUGUGUGUGUGUGUGUGUGUGUGUAUCUCCAUCCACAGUGAAAGACAUGUAGGGGGCCAUUUGACCCAUGGUUUCUAAAGAAGAUAUCCUAUCUUUUUUGUUAAAGUACUUUAUGAAAGAAUACAGGUAGACAAGUUCUGUGCACAUUUCUGCUUACUGUAAUCCAGAUGAAUGCCGCAGCCCGCCUGCAAAGAACAAGCAAAUAGCCCCUACCACACAGCAAACACUGUAGCUCUGAGCCAUUUUCUUAUGACCAAGGAGUAAAUAUAGUCAUACUCACAUACACACCCAGGUAGUUUGUCGACCAUGCUUCAGUGCUCUAACUUGCUUUAAGUACCUCUUGGGGUGGUGGCCUAGAAACAACGCCAAACUCUCACAGAAUUUCAGCUCCAUUGGGUUGAGAGACUUGAGUUCAAUUCCCAGUACCGGAAAAAAAAAAAAAAAAAAAAAAGGGUUUUAUCUCAUCUGACAUUAAAAAAAAAAAAAAUGCUAGUAUUUGCUAACUACUGAUUCUGAGGAGAAAGCCCAUUUUGAAAGAAGGAAAAAAAUAGACCCCGCAAAAUUUCCAAACUAUGGAAGCCCUCACAUCAUUCUUUAUUGUCCUUACUGAGUUUAAAGGUGUCAAGAUAAGCCAACUGGAGGAAAAGCCAGUCCCUGGCUGCAUAGUCAAGAACGAUCUCUCUUCUGAGGCAGACUCCAGAACUAUUUAUUGUGAUGCUAAGAGCAAGUCUGGGGGAACACCAGCUCAGACUUCAGGGCAGCAUUCUUCUCCUACCUCUGCCCACUAGAUUCGGCUUCAUUGAGUAAAACAGGAAAACUUCCUUUCUGCCAAAAAUGGAAUUCCCCAAUAAGGAAGGACAACAAGAGUGGAAUAAUGAGUCUUGGGGACACAGAUGGAGCUUCACUAAAUGUGCCCUACAACCACAAGAUGCCAAGAAUGCAAAGGAAUCUUCCUUUCCAGAGAAAUUCUGCUCUGCGAUCCUGAUCCAGAGGAAGUUAGAGGAAGGAGAGUUGUAGUUUUGGGAUUCCACCUCUGAAACUUUAUGUCUUCUAGUAGAAAUGCACUAGAAUCCACUGCCCGCCUUGUAGUUGUUGUCUUUCUCUCACUUCAAGAUUCUUCCUUAUGCUUGACAUGUGAAAGAUUUCCAGGAACACACAUCCCAAAAGUUGCUUACUGAAAGAGAAAAUUGCACAUUCACUCAUGAUAAAUAUAAAAAUAGCAUACAUAUUUUGUCGAUCAUUCUUUUUUUUUUUUUUUUAACUUACUGGAGGUAAAGGAGAUAGAAGAAGAGAGGGAGAGGGAGAGAGAAAGACUUAGAUGAUGCUUUCAAGGUUUAUUUAAGUUCUGUUGUGUGUCAAUACUUCUUCUUAUGCCUAAAUCACUCUGUAUUAUUUUGUUAAAAAUGUUUUUCUUCCUUUAUAAGUUCAUAUGACAUUUAUGAGAUUAACGGUUAACCAAUAUAAAGUGUGUGGCUUCGUACCAUCAACUAAUGUACAAUUACCUUGAGCAUAUUUUUCAUGUGCUUCUUGUCUGUUUGAGCAUCUUAAAAUUACACAUCAAGCAUAAGGAAGUCUGUGACCCUCCCCCUCAUUUGUUUAUGGGAUAUUGAAUAGUGCUGGAAAAGUAGGAGUUUGAUUUAAACAGUGAAUUUUUUCUCUAAGACCUCGAAUAGACAGUUUUCACCCCACUCUAUCACUGUUUGAUUCAUUUUGACAACCACAGAAAAAUUUAUUUUUUAUAAUAUAUAUAUAUUGUUUUCGUAUAUAUGUAUAUAUUUUUGUUUGUGUAUUUUUCUUUUCUCUUCUUUCCCUCCCUUUUUCUGUUUCUUUCUUGCUUUCCUUCUUUUGCAGCUCUGCUAGCAGAACCCAGUGCACAAUAAAACAAGUGUCUACCACAGAGUUACACCUCACCCCCAAAAUAAAAUAUUUAUCUAAAUAGGAUCAACUGCUGACUUCCUGUAUUUCAAUUCUGUCCAUUUUGUGCCACAGGUUAUCUCUUUUUCUCUUUGAGCAGCAGACAAUUUUAAGCUUUCUGCUUUUCAUUAGUCUAUCCUUUUCAUCAGUCUUUUCAUCAGGUGUUCAUUGUUCUUUUAAUGGCAGGAGUACUUUGGGGAUUGUUAAACUCAUACAAAGUGAAGACCUUCCCCCUGAAAGACAGAGAUCAAAUUACAAGUACAAAAUUAUAUGAAGUAUAAACAAUGAAAAUAGAAAAAAGGAAAAAUAAUAAUAUAUCUUUUCAUAAUCUGGGGCAGCCAGGUGUGCCUAUAAUCUCAGUGAUGAAAGUGUGAAGGAGGAGGAUCACAAGUUCAAGGCCAACAUCAAAACUUAUUAAGACCCUGUCUCAAAGUAAAAAACAUAAAAAGGGUGGGAAAGUGACUUAGUGGUUAUGUGACCCUUGGUUCAAUCCCCAGCAUCAAAAUCAAAUAAACAUACAAACAAAAACCAGGGAGAUGUGUAAAUCUGGUGUUUAUAUGAUUCUGAGUAUAUGAAUUGCACUUGCUGUUACAAAAUCUGACAUUUCUGUUCUUGGAAACUUUCUUUCCCUGCUGUGGUUCCUACAUUUAGCUCCAUGUACCUACCCACUGCCAAGCUCUCAGGCCCUAACUCCAGCCAUUUGCAUUUCAAUACAUCCAGAGACAUCACAAUGCAGGCAGUAAGGCUUUUGAUAUCUACACUUAUUUCUUUUAUCCUGAAAGCAUGCUUGAGGUUUCUGGGAACAGGGAUGUAUUCAUCUUACUAAUGACAGUAGCCAUACCUGUUCCCCUUGUCACAACUCUUGCCUU